GCUUAGGGAUAUGGUUUAGUGGAGGACUGUUAGUGUUAGGUCAGAGAGCGGACUAGGUGAUCUUGGAGGUCUCUUCCAGCCUAGAUGGUUCUGUGAUUCUCUUAUUUCCUGUUACUCAGCACUGUGGCCUUCAUCCCGUGCUGCACAAUGGGCAACAUCAGAAGAGGCAGGGCUGGUGGUACCUUUUGUGUAGAGGUGAGUCACAAAGAGCCUCAGCAAAUAAAAAUAUGAGGAGGAAAAGGAGUCCUCUGGGUGGUGAUGCAGGGCCCAGGGCCUGAACACGAUGCAGGAAGAGGUGGCCUCGUGCGGAAACCACCUCAGUCUGUCAGCCAUGAGGACCAAGCUGAAGGUCCUAAGCUGUCCUUAUGAGGGGAAACUGGGCUCCUGUUCAGUGUCUGGGACUGACCCAUAAUAAAAUAACACUUUUAAGUGGAGAAGUGGAGUUCCUGGCCCCUGAAGUGGAGAAGUGGAGUUCCUGGCCUAGGCUCCUCCAUUAGGCAGUGAAGCCAGGCACCUCCCAAGAGCAGCUUAUCCCAUUAUAAAGGCAGCACAGAUUCCCCUUAGGUUAAGGAGAAUAACUUUAAGGAGAAAGGAGAAUAACUUAAUGAGGUUAAGGAGAAAAAUGCCCCCCAAAACAGAAGGGGCCUACACAAACAGCAUAACUUAGAAGUCACAUCUAGAGAUGGCCAGAGUCCUAAGAGAUUUCUUUACCUCAGGCCUGAAAUUCACGUUUGCUUGAUGGGAUUUCGAGAUUCAGACCCUUGUAAUGUUAUUUAAUUGACAAAACCUUUGUUCUUUUGAAAAAAGAAUCUAUCUCAUGUUGACAUCACAAGUCAUACAAAGCACAUUUUACAUACAAAGCUCAUAUACAUGUAUACAAAGCUCAUCAAAGCACGUUUCAUGGAUCUUAGUGGGCCUAAUACAUGCUGUCCUCACUCAUGAAAAAGCUUUGAGGCCCGGUGAAAUGAGCCCAGUUCCUAGCCCAUUUAGCUCACUUUCUCAUAACCAUCACGUCUAAGUAGCAGCCAGAACAACAAUUUUAUCAGUCAACAGCACCUGAUUCCUGGCAUGCCCAGGAACAGGGGGCUUUCUUUGCAAAGGAGUAGUAGAAAUACACCUCCCACAUAAAGGAAAAUCAUCACCAUCAUCAUAGAAUCAUUAAGGUUGGAAAAGACCUUCAAGAUAUCUGGUCCAACCACCCCCCGACCACCACUGUCACCACCAAACCAGGCCCAACAUUUCCUUGAACACCCCCAGGGACGGUGACGCCACCACCUCCCUGGGCAACCCGUCCCAACACCUGACUGCUCUUUCUGACAGAAAUGUCUCCUCAUUUCCAACCUGAACCUCCCCUGACACAACUUCAGGCCAUUCCCUCUGGUCCUAUCACUGGUUACCUGUGAGAUAUAAUAAUUAAAAAAAAAAUAAGUACGAAGACCAGGAAAUACCAGCAAAUAACACCAGCAGCCUGGUGAAACCGUUGCUACUCUAUGUGCAAAUACCAGGAAGCCCAACCCUCCCAAUGUGCAAGUGGUCACCUGGAGGCAAAAACAAGGGCCCUGAAUGCUGAAACGUGUAAAGUUUUUUUUGGCAGUACGGAAGUCCCUGUGGUUGGAGUUGAAAACCACGAGAUGCUCAAAAAAAAAAAAAAAAAAAAAAAAAAAAAGAAUGCCUGCCACUGGGCACAGGGCUUUCUUGAUGGGUUUUGCAUCUGCGACCACCUGCCUUGCACAAAGCAGCUUUUUCAAAGAACAACUGCAGAGAGCAAUUGGGCUGAAGGACUCAGCUACACGUCAGCAAUGCAUGGGCUUGGAUGUAUGUGUAUCUAUAUAAUGAUAGAUAGAUGGGUAUAUGCUGUAAAACAUUCCUCCGUCUUGAUCGCUCUGUAAUAAAAAAAUCUCUUCCACCUACACCAGGCUGCUUGAGCACACACAAGUGAAGGCCUGUGUCCAUGGCAUGGAACUCACCCACGUUUUCUGCAGAGCUGGACCUGAUGUGAGUGACCCAAACAGCUGGGAGACAGCAGUCUGCGGUGGCUGAUCCUAUUUCAAGCCCACAAGUUAUGAGUCUGAAUCUCUGGUGAAGUUGCCACAGCGAAAUCCUCAAGGCACCAUUGAAAUAAAUGCCAUAAAGACAAAUGAGCCCAAGUUCUGGAACAGAAAUGAAUUUCUUCAGAAAUCAUUGCUUGUUUCAUUUCACCUCAGAUGCUGAAAACCGGCUCUUCGCUUAAGAGGGUCCUGGUGACAUCACAUCCUCUCCAAAAAGCUGCACAGCCUCCGAAGGCAAGCGAGAAAGAUCAUCUGUGCUCCGCUGCCUCGUCCCCGAGGAUGACGGACGCAUCUCCUACGCUGCUCCUCCUGCUCAGCCUGGGGCUCUGCUGCCCUGGAGCCCAGGGCCAGAGGAUCACAGUGACGGCCAAGUUCUACGACAGCAAGAGCACGCACCCCCAGAGCGGAAAGUCCCUGCAGCUGGAGUGUGAGAGUUCUGUAGACAGUGGCAUCUCCUGGAUCCGCCAGGACAAGUCUGGGACCCUUCACUUCAUCGUCUAUAUUUCUGCCUUGUCCAAGCCAACAUUUAAGGGGAGCCAGGCGACGUCUUUACGUUUUGAGGCGUCAAGGAGUGGCAAAUCCUAUCGGCUGAUGGUGAAGUCCUUCGAGGCACAGGACGAGGGGACCUAUUUCUGCACCGUCAACUACAAUCAACUGCUGUUCUUCAGCUCUGGCCUAUGCGCCUUCUUCCCAGUCACGACGACAGCGGCGCCCAUCAAAACCGUGCCCCCCACCACCCCGGGCAGCCAGGUCACCAAGAGGGACAUCUGCUUGCAGAGCCACGAGGCAGAGACAAGCAAGGAGAAAGAGCUGAAUUUCUUCUGUGAGAUUUUCAUCUGGGUUCCUUUGACUGGCGCCUGCUUACUGGUUCUCCUUAUCCUGGUCGUCACCAUCGUGCUGUGCCAAAAAACCAGGCGAUGAAGAGACGAAGGUGAAGGUGUAAGAGGCCAGUGCCUGCAUUCCUCGCUUCUCUCUAUUCCUGCUGCCAGCCCUGUGCAGAGAGGUUUUCUCCCUCAGGAAAAUCAUCCUGCACGACUGUAGAGCUCUUCAGGUUCCCACUGAUGGAGUGCUUGGGUUCCAAGAGCCUGAGGAAAUCAU